AAGAAAGGGCUAAGGCUGGAGUAGGGGGGCGGGUGCUGCGGGUGCUGAUUGGUUUCCGCGACCGCGAGCGGCGAGCAGUCACGUGACGCGACGGCUGGGGCUCCCGGCGCGGGGGACGCUGGUGGCCAAGAUGGCGGCGGAGCUGGUGGAGGCCAAAAACAUGGUGAUGAGUUUUAGAGUCUCGGAUCUUCAGAUGCUUCUUGGUUUUGUUGGCCGAAGUAAGAGUGGACUUAAACAUGAACUUGUCACCAGGGCACUACAGCUUGUCCAGUUUGACUGCAGCCCUGAAGUCUUCAAGAAAAUUAAGGAACUCUAUGAGACUCGAUAUGCCAAGAAGAGCUCUGACCCCGUACAACCCCACCGGCCUUUGGACCCACUCUCCAUACAUUCUUCCUAUGACCGGGGAAGCACUGUCCCCAGGACUUCUAUUUCUACUGCUAACAUUGACUAUCCUGUGCUAUAUGGAAAAUACCUAAAUGGACUUGGACGAUUACCCUCUAAAGUUGUCAAGCCAGAAGUCCGCCUGGUGAAAUUGCCCUUCUUUAAUAUCUUGGAUGAAUUGCUGAAGCCAACAGAAUUAGUCCCACAGAAUAGUGAGAAGCUGCAGGAGAGCCCAUGCAUUUUUGCAUUGACGCCGAGACAAGUGGAACUGAUCAGAAACUCCAGGGAGUUGCAGCCCGGAGUGAAAUCAGUUCAAGUGGUACUAAGAAUCUGUUACACAGAUACUAGCUGCCCCCAGGAGGAUCAGUACCCUCCCAACAUUGCGGUGAAAGUUAACCAUAGCUACUGUUCAGUCCCGGGCUACUAUCCAUCAAAUAAACCUGGAGUGGAGCCAAAACGACCUUGUCGUCCCAUCAAUCUCACACACCUCAUGUACCUAUCUUCAGCAACAAACCGAAUCACUGUCACCUGGGGGAAUUAUGGAAAGAGUUACUCAGUAGGUUUAUACUUAGUACGGCAGCUGACCUCAUCAGAACUGCUGCAAAGGUUGAAAACUAUUGGAAUCAAACAUCCAGAGCUCUGCAAAGCCCUUGUCAAAGAGAAGUUGCGUCUUGAUCCUGACAGUGAAAUUGCCACCACAGGUGUCCGAGUCUCUCUCAUCUGUCCGCUAGUAAAGAUGCGACUCUCCAUGCCUUGCCGAGCUGAGACCUGUGCCCACCUGCAGUGCUUCGAUGCCGUAUUCUACCUCCAGAUGAAUGAGAAGAAACCUACUUGGAUGUGUCCUGUUUGUGACAAACCAGCCCCCUAUGACCAGCUGAUAAUAGAUGGCCUCCUGUCAAAGAUCCUAAGUGAGUGUGAGGAUGCAGAUGAGAUCGAGUAUCUGGUGGAUGGUUCCUGGUGUCCUAUCAGAGCUGAGAAGGAGAGGAGCUGCAGUCCCCAGUGCCCAAUUCUGGUCCUUGGAUCCUCUGAUGUGAAUGGGCUGUUACCCACCCCCAAUGGGAACAGUGAAAAUGGGAAGCCAAGUGCUGAUGUGGUGGACCUCACACUGGACAGCUCAUCUUCAGAAGAAGAGGAGGAAGAGGAGGAGGAAGAGGAAGAAGAUGACGAUGAGGAAGAUGGCCCCCAACCCAAACGCCGCUGCACGUAUGAAAAAGGUCUAGUCUCCGCCUGCUGACUGGGGCCUGGAGCGAGCAUUGUCCUCUGGGGACAGACUUGAAUACUCUGGUGCUUACAAAACUGGGAGGGAGGCAGGUUGGUUGGGGGUGAGGGAUGUGGAGGGAGGAGGGAUUUUUUUCCCCACCCCCUUACCUCAUUCUUCCUCUUCAGUUUCUCUGGACUUGACUAUACAAAGCUAACAAUUAAAAAAACAAGUAAACAAAAUACACACCACACACCACACACCACACACACAUACACACCACACACACACACACACACACACACACACACACACACACACACACACACACACACACACACACAGAGCAACAAAAUUGAGCUGCUUCCCAGGUGGAAAAAAAAAAAAGACACAUUUGAGCCUGGAGGAAGGAGUGGGACACCCAGGCUGGCUUAUUGGGCCCUGUUGAGUCCACCUUGCUGUCAGCAUGGGAGGCAGUCGCCCAGGAAGAGACUCCCAGCCCUGGCCAGCCUUCCCUCCCUGCCUCCGACCCCACCCCCUCCCCAUCCCAGUUGAACAUGUCUCCAUUCCAGGCCAUCUCCAAAGUUCCAUGCAUCUCUCUCUUGUUGAAUAACCAUUCCUGACUGUCUACACGCCUUGCUGGGUCUUUGGACGACGGGGGAGGGACGGGGGCGGGACGGGACUAUGGCGGCUGGUGGAACCUAGCAAGGUUUGGGGAGGGGCACUUUGUGGGGAAUGUGGGGAGGGUUGGGGGGAUGGAAUGGGGAUGGGGGCAGGGAAGGUAAUAGAAUUCCUGAGACAAGCUGUUCCUACUUGGGGACACCCACGGCUCUGCACCUCACGGAAACAAACACCCAUCUUUGAAACCUUUAAAUCAAAUCUGAAGAUGAUGUAGAAUUUCUUCGUAGUGAAUCAUUUUAGUUGAAAGAAGCCAUGGUGAGGGGUCGGGGAGGGCGGUCGUGAAGGGUGGGGGAGGGGGAAGGGUUUAAGCCACAGAGCUGUUGUAUUUCUGAAAGUGCAAUAACUUGGCAUUUUGAAGACAGAAGCACGUAGACAAGUUUCCCUUUGGAAGGAAGCUUCCAUAGUCAGUGGGAGGCUCCAAGAUGGCCCCUACCUCUUUGGACCAACCCACCGGGAUGGAGGAGAGCAGAGGGGAGGGGUGGGGGGGUGGGGAAAUGAGACCCUUCAAGAAUGCCAGGUAUGGAAAUUCUCAGUUUCUAGCCAGCUACCUCGGUAACUCCAAUUCAGGUUUAUUUCAGUACGAAACAGUGCAGACACCCACCACUAACUGUCCCAGUGUUGGGUGGGGAUGUCGGGGAGGGAAGUAGCCACAAGUUCCUGGACUUCUCUGUGCAUCUCUCAGUCUCUCUCUAUCUAUCCGUCUCUCUCUCUUUCUCUGUGUGUCUCUGUCUCUCUCUCUCAGUCUCUCUCUGUCUGUCUCUCUCUCUGUGACUCUCCUGCUCAGUACUCUGUCCCAAAGCAGAAGCCGCUGCUGCCGCUGACUUGCUAUUGCGAUUGGAGGGAGGAGAAAAGGGGGCAGAAGAGUUUUUUAGUUUUUUGGUGUUUGGGGGUUGGGGGGGGUGAGUCUACAAGCAGUUACAGGUUUCCCUCACAGUGGGAAUAUUGUUGGAAACUCUUCUUGCUGAAACUGGCUUGACUUUGCUUUCCAGAGUCUGUCCCCAAGGAGGGACUUUGAGGAUGGGUAGGGGCGGCAGAGGAGGGGGAUCUGGGGCUGCCCCAUACUUCCCUGCUUCUUACCACUCAGGUUGCCUGGAAACCAAAUGCAAUCAGGUGUGGAAGGUUCUUGUUCCAGGCUGGCUUUCUCUGGGCACCCAGCAGCCAAACUCCUCUGUUCCAAGGCAGGCGUUGUGCUCUCCAACUCCUGGCAUGUUUCCUGAGCUGGAGUAACCAAGUCAGACACUGAUCUCUAGGGUCUUCCUUUCAUGUCUUCCUCUUCUCCCCUCUUUCCCACUGGGAGGUGAGGAGUAGGGCUCCCUAGGCCACUGCCCCCGCCUCCUUGAGCCCAGUGCCUAAGAAGCACUUCAGCUGCCUGCCAUAGGAAGUUUUGGGGGUGGGGAGAAGUGGAAAAGAGGAAGUGAUGUGUCUAAAAUAAUUCCAGCAACCUAAAGCCAUCCAUCUACCUCCCCUUUUCCCUUUUCUCCCACUGGAAUCAUCAGAAUGGAUGCAAUGGGGGUGGGGAGGAGACACAUGAGACACCAAGACUCAGGUUCCUGGCUUGAAGGACUGUUGGGAGACCCAGCGCUACCAGGGCCACCCUCUGUCCUCAUCGAAUCCCAUGUGAUUGGGGGUGAGGGGAACAGGACUACUGGAUGGGAUCCACCCCCACCCCCAGGCCGGCUGCUGCCAAUAGGAGGGGCCUUUCCUCCCAAUCCUCUGAUGACUCACCCCAGAAAUACAGAUUGGGAGGUUAGAGGGGAUGUGCUGGUUCCUGUUGGGAUUUAACUCACUCGCCCCCACCCCAGAAGCUGGGCACAGAUCCCCACCCAGCUGCUGAAUUGUCACAAGGGGCACUCUGGGGACUUUCAGAGUGGCACUGAAAUGUCCAGGGUUCCCCCCAAGGUGGGAAGGGAGGGCCUUGGACCUGAUUUCCACCUAUUUUAAUGGUUUUCUUCGUUUCCUUUUCCCUCCAGUCCUCCCUGCCUUUUUCCAAACCCAGAAUAAUUUUCCUUUAUAUAAACAACUCUCCUAGCAAGGAAGCAAUAUCAUUUCAGGUAACAAUGGGAAAUGUGGUAGAGCUCCAAUUAAGUUUUACUGUAUAAAAUAGGUUGCUCAGCUUGACUCCUUGGGAGCACUGGCAGCUCAUGUCCAAUUUUUUCUAAUAUUUGUAUCCUAAUUUAAUUGUUUUUUAAAAAUGAAAAUAAAAAAGGUCUAGGCCAAGCCACUUAGAAACAUCAUGAUUCAGUUCCUGGUUUGGGUUGAUUUUUUUGGCCAGCUGUUCUGUACAUAUGUUUUCUUAUAUCCUCGUUUUGUUUUUGUAAAGAGAAAAAAAAAGGAAAAAAAACCCAAAAUAUUUUUCUUUCCCUUCCGUACACAUUCUUCAGAAUUCAAAAGUAUAGUGUUUUGUUAAAUAAAAAGAUUUACAUUUCGA